AUGAAGUUCUCUACUAGCCUCGUGUGCCUGCUGGCACCCAUCACCGCCCUCGCUGCCCCGAUCGAGGAGAGGCAGGCCUCUCAGAGCAUCGAUAAGCUGUUCAAGGCCAAGGGCAAGCAGUACUAUGGAAACAUUGCCGACCCGAACCUCAUCAACAACGCCAAGAACGCCGCCAUCCUCAAGGCUGACUUUGGCGUCCUGACACCCGAGAACUCCAUGAAGUGGCAGUCUAUUGAGCCCACUCAGGGCAAGUUCAACUGGGCCGGCGCCGACGCCCUCGUCGACUUCGCCACCAAGAACGGCCAGAAGGUCCGCGGCCACACCCUGGUAUGGCACUCCCAGCUUGCCAGCUACGUCUCGAACAUCAAGGACAAGGCCACCCUCACCAAGGCCAUUGAGGAGCACAUCAGCGCUGUUGUCGGCCGUUACAAGGGCAAGAUCAUGCACUGGGACGUCGUGAACGAGAUGUUCAACGAGGACGGUAGCCUCCGCCCCUCUGUCUUCUCCAACGUUCUCGGCGAGGACUUUGUCCGCAUCGCUUUCAAGGCUGCCAAGGCUGCCGACCCCAACGCUCUGCUCUUCAUCAACGACUUCAACCUCGACAGCGCCAACUCCGCAAAGACCAAGGCCAUGGCCAACAAGGUCAAGCAGUGGAUCGCCCAGGGUAUCCCUAUUGACGGCAUUGGCUCCCAGACUCACCUCAACCCCGGCCAGGCCGCCGGAGUCGCGGGUGCCCUCAAGACCCUCGCCAGCAGCGGUGUGAAGCACGUGGCCAUCACCGAGCUCGACAUUGCCGGCGCCAACCCCAACGACUACAGCACCGUCACCAAGGCCUGCUUGGACCUCCCGCAGUGCGUCGGUAUCUCCGUCUGGGGUGUCCGCGACUCCGACAGCUGGAGGACCGGCGCGAACCCCCUUCUGUUCGACGCCAACUUCCAGCCCAAGCAGGCCUACAACGCCGUUGCCCAGGUCAUCGGCUAG